AUGCGCUUGCAUGACUUCUUCGGCCCGCGCCUUGAAUACUACUGCGCCCAGCGCGGCAAGCGCUACGGUACGGACUGGAAGUUCAUCUUCAAGUACCCAGCUCCUAUGCCCCUCCACCCUAACCGCGAGAAGUUCUUCGACAUCAAGUACAACAUGAAGCCCGCCGGCUGCUACGACAAAGGCUACCCAGGCUGCUCGAUGCGCGACGGUGAUAUGUUGUUGGUGGUCACUCGUCGCGCCAGUAGUGCGUCUGACGACAACGAUGCUGAGCUCGGCACCCAAAUUGAGUGUCAGCGCAUCUGUAUCCAGAACGGCGAGACGGAGAUAUGGCAAGCCCCAGACAUCAACAGCGAGUGGUACCGCAAUGCAGACGCGGACCUUGCCAAUACGCGUCGCCAGCUAGCCAUGUACCACAACGACCUGGUACAGUUGCGCGCUAUGCAGGCUCACCGCGAGAAUACGGUUACGGGCCUACAAGCACAGAACAUGCAGCUCAAGGGUGAGAUUGAGAUGUUGAGACAGGCUCGAUUGCCGUAUGCUGCUGCUCCUCCGCCACAGUAUAGUGAGCAGGAUCAGUAUGCGCGUUAUGGCGGACAUGUCAAUGGGCUUCCUCAGCCUCAUGGUCUUUCUGGCGGUUAUACGCAGACUCGUUCGGGCUUUCCUCCGGGCUCGGUGGCCAACUUUCUCCAGGCGCAGAACAUUGCGGAUGCGAGGCGUCGCGCGGCGGUGAGUGGUGCGGCGGAUCAGGUCGGUGCCGAGCAGGAGGAGUAA